AUGCGAUUGCUAAAGUUACUCGUUUUACCGCUCGUUUGCGCCUCGUUGAUUUCAGCCCUGUCUCAACUAAAUCCGGAAACGGCGAAACAACUAGGCCUUAAAACUGUUCUUUACUACCUAUGCACAGCCUCUUUAGCCACAAUCAUUGGUUUAGCCUUAGUGAUAUUGAUUCAUCCAGGCGAUCCAUCGAUUAAGGCCGGGAAAGUUCUGAAAAGACCCGAAGAUUUAAGCCACGAGGCAAUUGAUAAUAUUUUGGAUGUGAUACGAAACCUGAUCCCAGAGAAUAUUAUCGGUGCAGCGACAAGGAGAUCGCAGACAAAAAUGGUGAAUGAAACGCUGACUGGGCCAUUGGUGAAACGAGUUGAUCAAGUUGAUGGACUGAAUAUCCUUGGGAUUAUUACCUUUUGUGCACUCAUUGGAAUCGGCACUUCUAAGGUUGGUGCCACGGGAGAACCGGUACGCCAAUUUUUCGCUAGUCUCGAAAAAAUCGUGCUUCUACUUAUUGAAGGAGCGAUGUGGUUUGCUCCAUUUGGCAUAAGUAGUCUUGUCGCGGCCAGCAUUUCCGAGGUUCACGAUUUGCUCUUGAUUUUACAGAUCCUUUCCGCUUACGUGGGAACGGUGCUCGCUGGGUUGACCAUCCACAUCUUCAUCGUUUUGCCUGUUUUUUAUUUUCUAGCCACUCGUAAAAACCCACUCUCAAUCAUGAAAGCUAUGCUGCCCGCGUUUAUGACCUCUUUGGGUACAGCUUCCAGUGGAGCGGCUCUACCAGUCGGUCUUCAAUGUAUGGAGGGAAAAGCUGAUGCAAGAGUUGUGAAAUUUGUUCUUCCUCUAGGCGCAUCGACGAAUAUGGAUGGAAACGCUCUCUACGAGGCGGUCGCUGCGAUCUUUAUCGCGCAAAUCAAUGGAAUCGACUUGUCGAUUCGUGAGCUAAUCACGAUCAGUAUCACUUCUACCCUUGCCUCGGCCGGUCUAAAUGCUGUACCGGCCGGACUCGUUUCGAUGCUCGUCAUUUUGGACACGGUUGGAUUACCUGUUUCUGAUAUCACACUCAUCGUGGCUGUCGAUUGGUUCUUG